CAGUCCCAUGAUAAUUUGGCUCUCAGUGUCCUCCAAACUCUAGCACCACAUGGGAAGAAUAGCUUUGUGUUUGUUCUGGACAUCAGCAUAACUGCUGAUCUUUUCCUCCUAGUCUCCUUGUGCUUUGGCAGACUUUGCAACCACAAACAAAUAAUAAUCAGGGUCUCAUGAGAGGGUUUUUAACGGAUUGGACGUCAAGAUCUACUCAGGCCUUACUGGUUAGAGAUAGAGAGAGACUUUGUGCUGCAGUAAAAACAAGUAAGAAUUUAUUUCCUUCUAAUACUCCCACAGAUCCAAACAGCCUGAUGUGACCCCAUACCGCAGCCCAUGUGUAUGUUCGUAUGCGCCAGUUUGUCCACGGACACACACACAGAGGGAUGCAUCAGAAGAGGAGCACUAGGACCCAGUGAAGUGAGGAAGGAUGCUUGCCUGCCUGCUGUCUCCUUUCCAUUCUGCUCUGCAGUUGCCCUGUGCGCGUGUGAGGGAGAGCACGUUGAUGUGUGUUUGUGUGGAUGUGUGUGUGUGUGUGUCAGAAAGGGGCGAGAGCGUGUUUAGACAGUGCGGUCUAAAGAGACAGCGCUUUGUUAUCUCCUCGUCUUCUCUCCUGCGUGGACACCAGCCUUACCACCUGGACCAGUCGCCUGAAGCAUAGCUGACGGGGGAGGGGGAGCUAUCUGUGUGUAUGUGUGUGUACAUGCGUGUGGGCGGGUGAAAGGGUGAGGGGCGGAGAGAUGAAAGGGCCAGGUGAGGAGGGCAGUCGGGUACCUCUCUCUCGAGUUCUGGUGCUAUAUCUCCCCCUCUUUCUAUCCCUCUCUCACUGGCACGCGACACUAACCCUGGACGCUCGAGAGAAGAUCCUCCCUGCUGGACCUUUCUGCUUCAACAAACGUCUGUAGCUUCAGAAUGACAUAUAUGCUCUAGAAUUCCCAGACAGAUGAGUGGCUCUGGAUUUGAAGAUGUCAAGCAAUGCAGUUCGAGAUACAGGAUCUUGCUUUGGAGCAGGCAGUGGAAUAGCUGUUUGUGAACUUUCUUAGUGAUGUAAACUGGCGGUGGCCUUGAAUGAAGUUCCAUCAUGUCUCAUCUGGAGCUGUCAGACUUUGAGCAAGAUGGAGUAAGGACUUUACAGAUGAAUAUUUGAAGAUGAAACUGGAUGUUGUGAUCCAAAUCUGCUCCAACUCCAGAGUGCAACCAAUCCCUUCAGCUCUACCACCAUGCCAUAACACCGCCAGAACUCCACCGUCGAGCGCUGCUGCUCGAUCCUACUCUUCAGCAGGGGAGGAUGGGUGAUAGUCCCAUGAGAAUCACUUCCGUCCACAAUCCUCAUUCCAUCCUCUCAUGGAGCUUACAACCGCCUACAACACACUGUGGAACGUCACCCACGCCACCUCCUGGCGUCCGAACGUGACCCAGCCCAACACCUCAGUACUGAGUGAGCCCAGAGAUGGACACCUGCUCCAGACACUUGCCCUGUGCUGUAUGCUCCUGAUGGAUGUACUGGCUGUAGUGGGCAACUUAGCCAUCAUGACAGUCAUCGCCCGGACGCCACAACUACGUAAAUUUGUGUUUGUCUUCCAUCUUUGCCUGGUGGAUCUCAUUGCGGCACUGGUGUUGAUGCCUCUGGGUAUGCUGUCAGGGCAGAGCUUUUUUAACGAGGCUCUUUGUCAGGGUUACCUCUGUCUCAGCGUGGGACUAAUCAGUGCUGCUAUCCUCACUAUUUCAGCCAUCAAUGUAGAGAGGUACUACUAUGUUGUUCAUCCCAUGCGCUAUGAAGUAAAAAUGACUGUGGGCCUGGUGGUUUCAGUUUUAAUUGGAAUCUGGAUCAAAGCCACCCUCAUGUCUGCAUUCCCUUUACUCGGCUGGGUGCUUGAAAGAGAGGAGACGGGACCGGUGCUAGGGAAAGUUAUGGGCAAAAUCGCAGUACCAAAGUGCUGCUCGCUCCACUGGAUGGAUGGAGGGCCCCAACGACUGGUGUUCAUGAUCUUAUUUACCCUUAUGUACUUCCUAUGUCCAGUUCUUAUCAUUUUUGUGGUGUACUGCAACAUGUUUAAGGUGGCCAGGGUGGCUGCCAUGCAGCAAGGCCCAGUGCCCACAUGGAUGGAGACUCCUCGGCCACGUUCUGAAUCUCUGAGCAGCCGUUCAAGCAUGGCAGCCAGUCUUAACGGAGCUCACACCACCCCUCAGAGGACUUUCAGUGGGGGCAAGGCUGCAGUGGUACUGGUGGCCGUGGGAGGUCAGUUCCUUGGGUGCUGGCUACCUUAUUUCUCCUUCCACCUGUACUGUACAGUUAUGCCUUCCUCUCUUGAAUCUCUCGCUCGCAUGGCUCAACUGGAGGACGUGUUCACCUGGAUUGGGUACUUUUGCUUCACCUCCAACCCUUUUUUCUACGGUUGUCUGAACCGGCAGAUCCGGGAAGAGCUGGCCAGAAACCUGGCCUUCGUUUUCAAAUGGGGACGUCCGGGGGAGGAGGAACAGCUGCCCAGCAGAGAGGCUUCUAUUGAGGAGAACUUUCUCCAGUUUCUUCAGGGCACAGGCUGCAGUAUGCGGCAGAGGAUUUCCCAAAGCAUAUCCAUACCUCAACAGGAGGAGGAGGACAAUCCGCUCUCUAGCGAUCUCCACAGGCCAUCUGUCGACUUCCACAUUCCCGGACAGAUCAUGGAGGAGACCUCAGAGUUCAUAGAACACCAACACAUAAACAAUCUUAAUAUAUCAGACAAUUGUAUCAAGACUAAAGCGGAACUGCAAGGUUGAUAUUUUCAGAUGUGACCUAUAUACAGGUGCAUCUCAAUAAAUUAGAAU